GAAGUGUAAUCGGUGGACCGGAUGUUAGCCGCGCUGCUAAACUGAGUUUACGCACUCCUGCCGGGACUGUUGGUUUUUUAGUAAAUAUUAACACGAACCGGUGGGUGGUUCACCCGCUGUGUGACCAGACUCCGCAUGUGAACGUGAUGACUAAUCCGUAUUUAGAGAUUUAGACAUGGAGACUCGGGGGAUCGACGACAUGUUUGACUUUCGUCGGUUUCCCAAAGAUGGAGUGGUUUUCUUGCUGUUGCUGAUUUACUUUCCAGUUGGCCUUUGUUUGAUGUUAAUGCGGAUUUUUAUAGGUGUCCAUGUUUUCUUGGUCAGCUGUGCACUUCCAGAGAGUUUUGUCCGGAGGUUUAUUGUGAGAGUGAUGUGCUCAGUCCUGGGGAUGCACGUGAAACAGAAAAAUCCUCGCUCCAGAGACAAAAACACCAAGCUUUACAUAUGCAAUCAUCUGACAGAGUUUGAUCACAAUAUAUUCAACCUUGUGACUCCAUGCAAUACUCCCCAGCUGGAGGGCUCUACAGGCUUUGUUUGCUGGGCCAGAGGCUUCAUGGAAAUCCAGUCAGCGUCAAGCCCCGGAGCGGUCGGAGAGUCUCUCCAGAGGUAUUGCUCUACCGAUGGCACCUCUCCUUUGCUCCUGUUUCCUGAAGACGACACCACAAACGGCCGUGCUGGUCUGCUCAAGUUCAGCUCCUGGCCUUUCUCUCUGACUGAGUCUGUCCAACCUGUGGCCUUACGGGUGACCAGGCCGAUGAUUUCUUUGACUACUCCUGAGUCCAGUUGGCUGGUGGAGCUCUUAUGGACAUUUUUUGCUCCAUUUACAGUGUAUCAUGUAAGUUGGCUCCCAGCAGUGUCUAGACAAGAUGGCGAGUCCUCGCAGGAGUUUGCCAACAAAGUUCAGGAGGUCCUGGCUGCUGAACUGGGUUUGGUAUCCACCAAGAUAACUAAAGCCGAUAAAGCAGAGCACAUCAAAAGGAAGAGACAUUCUCUACCACCACUGUCUUCAAAUGUGCCAACUGGCUCUAUUGGGCUUGGAUUCAUGGUCCAGAGUUUGGGCACAGAUGAUCAUCGGAUUGUUAAGAUGGCCCAGCAGGUGAAAGACGUGCUGCCUCAUGUCCCAUUGAAUGUGAUUAAAAAGGACCUAGCAAAAACCAAUUGCAUCGACACCACCAUAACAAAUCUGCUGGAGAGCAAGGACGAAACCUUGAUGGAAGCGACUGGGAUGUCGACAUUUGGGCCUUCCAAGAUCAGCUCCUUUGCUCCUAGUUCUGCUGCAACUAUAAAGCCUGCUGCCAAAACGUUUGGAAAAUCUCCAACUGACAGACAUUUGUCUCUCCAAGAAAGAAAAGAAGCGCUGUAUAGUUUUGCACGAAGGCGUUACAUUGAGAAGCACGGGCUGGAUGAGGAAGACGGACACUGAACACACUCUGAGUCAAGCCAUCGUUGAAAACUGCUCAGACAGAACAUAUUCAAGCUGCAUAGCUGUUUGAUUUGAAUGGUGAUUUUUAUAUUCUAUCAAGUGGUCAUGUUUGGGGUGGGGAUAUUUUGUUAUUUGCAAAAAAAUUAAAAAAAUAGCAGCAAGUAUUCAGAACAUGUAUACAUUCAUGGAAUGGUGAUUUAUGCAUGUGUGCAAUUCUGUUCUCUGAUAAAUAAUUUUGAUAACAGUUUGUAUAACAAUCCACUGACUGUGAAUCAUAUUUAUUUUUAUAAUGUCCAGAGUUGUUGAUGAAAAUAAAGUUCAGCUUGACCUUGCUUUCAAAAAAUUAUUUCAAGCAGAUGUUAAUUUUAUUGCCUUUUAUUAUUUUCAGGGACUGCAUUGUGAUUCACAUGUCCAAUGUUUAGCACUCAACACCCAUUUUAAGCAAGCUUAGAUAAGAUUAUGUAAAUUUAAGUCAUUGUAAUUUUUAUUGUUUAUAACUUGGAUUUAUACUGUUAAGGUUUUCAUGUGUCUAGUGUCUGUGAUUCUCCAAAUUCUACCAAGCGAUGAUUUGGCAGAAAAUCUCUGUUUAAGGUGCUGAGACUCAGCAAUCCCAGUCAACGUCUCUUGUUGACACUCUUCAAGACAUUGCUCAUGAACCCGGACACAAGGUGAAAAUGAAAUGCAGUACAGCACUGUUAAGACUAUCCAUAAGAGGAAAACUAUUGAAUGUUAUUGGUGCAGUUUGACAGCUGCUGAAGAUACAAUAAAAGUCUUAAAUAUG